CCCAGCGGUGCCGGGCUCUCUCCAGUCGCUCGCCCAGCCGCACCCGCCCAGCCGGUCGCUCAGUCAAGCGGUGCCGCCGCCAGGAUGGUGCAGCUGCCGCAGCUGGUUAUCGGCUCCUACCUGUGGCUCGGGCUGGGCUGGUGGGCGUCCUUGCCGCCCCCCGGACUGGCGCUGCCCGAGGUGCUGUUCCGUUGCCCGCCGUGCACCGCCGACCGCCUCGCCGCCUGCCCCCGCCCCGGACCCGAGACCGUCGUCUGCCCGGAGUUAGUGCGGGAGCCCGGCUGUGGCUGCUGUCCAGUCUGUGCCCGCUUCGAGGGAGAGCCCUGCGGGGUGUACACGCCACGUUGCGUCUCCGGGUUCCGCUGCUACCCGAGUCCUGGCGCUGAGUUGCCCCUUCAGGCGCUGGUGCAGGGACAGGGCACCUGCGCCCGGUGGAGUGACGCCGUUGAGUACGGCGCCGUCACCGACGAGCAUCUCGGGGCGGAUAAUGAAGAACACCCUGAAGGAUCUGUUGUGGAGAACUUUGUAGAUGGUGCCACUGGUGUGAUGAUUGGAACAGGACGGCUAAAGCCCCCUGUGAAAAAUGGCAAGGAAUUGGCCAUACUUCGUGAGAAAACAAAUGAGCAGCAAAAGCUGAUGGGCAAGCAUCCCAAGCCUGAGAUACGUCUGCCACCUCUUAGGACACCCUGUCAACAGGAAUUGGAUCAGGUUUUGGAACGUAUAUCAACCAUGCGCCUGCCAGAUGAACGUGGUCCAUUAGAGCACCUCUAUUCCCUAAAUAUCCCAAAUUGUGAUAAACAAGGCUUUUACAAUCUCAAACAGUGCAAAAUGUCAGUGAAUGGCCAGCGAGGAGAAUGUUGGUGUGUUAAUCCCAACACUGGAAAAACCAUCCCAGGGUCACCUACCAUCCGCGGAGAUCCUGAAUGCCACCUCUUCUAUUCUGGCCAUGAGCAGGAAGACAGGGGAACACCAGCCCUUCACGUGCAAUAGAUGGACACAUUCCUAUUUUCUGUCAAGUGGCUUGGCCUAUACUCAGUGCUGGAUUUUACAUGGGUUUUAAUGCAUCUUGAUUUUCUCCUUCAUGUUGAUGUUCCAGCAAAUCCC